UUCUCGGAGUUGUAACGGGCGGAGUGCGCGGCAUAGCUAUAUGCUAUAUGCCGCCAGUCCGUUCAGAACAUUUACCAUAUCACACGCAGAGUGAUAUUGAUACUUAGAAAAACAAUCGUGAAAAUAAAUUACCACAAGAACUCAUUUCAUCGAGACCAGUAAUUUGUUGUUGCUAGAGAUGGAGGUUAAUAAUGCAGGGAGAAGCAAAAUCAGUGUGGAUGCAAAUGGAGCAAAGACAACAUUUGAUCGAUUUUUUAAAGCUGAAGUUGACUCGUACUACUCUCCUUACAAGUUUCAGAAUGAAAUUAGUGGAGAUGGUGGACCACUGCCUCAGCCUUUCAACACAGAUUUUUUUUUGCAUGAGGAGCCACCUCUGCCCUACAAUUCCUGGGCCGUGCAGGAUGAUCCUUAUCAACUCAUGAAUUGUGCUCAAGGCAUCCCUAAAAAGAGGAAUCUUGCCGAUGCCAAUGACUGUGGAAGUGAGACUGAUCUCUUUGGAUUAGUGUCAGAUAUCUUGGAGGAGGUGGAUCCAAUGGACUGCUACCUCUCAGAGGAGAAAUCAUUUGGCCCAAAAACUGUGUGGUCCCCCAAGCCUAUGAAGGAGGAUAGCUUGCAGUACCUUACUUCUGAGGUAAAGAUGCAGCCCAGCCCUGGCAUGCAGUCUGAAUAUCUCUGUCCUGAGCCAAUGGACAGAAACUCUAAUCAGAACACUGACAUUUACCAGCAUUUCAACAGUUUUGAUGUUGCUGAUCCGUCUUGGCUUUUCUCUGCUUGCAAUGGCGAAUCAGAGGCCUAUUUCACCAGACCUCCUCCUUGUCUCAGUAUACCCCCUGCUGUUAACGCCUACAUUCCCAAGGGCAGAGCAGGUAAAUCUGAGUAUGGCGUGCCGGUGCCUGGGAAAGACAGCAGCUUCUGUAGCACAAGGGAUGCCCUGUAUGAAAACAUGAACGCACUUAAUGACUCUUGCUGCUCUUCAAAUGAAAUGAAUGACUCCUACUUCAGCCCGUACAAGGAUGUAUCUGGAAUGAGCAGACACAAAAGUCACAGAAUGCCUGUUGCUAUGCAGGAUGCUGACCGGAUGGCCAGUAACAUCCAAGCUCUACUUGUAGGGGAGCAAAAGGUUUCCUAUAAAAGGGAUUCAGCUCCAAACAACUUUAUGAGUGUUCAGGAUGAUAAGACGUUUGAUUUGAAAAGACUUGUUGCGCAAAUGCCCAGUCUUAAGAGAGAUGUGAUUGAGUGCUUGGGAGAGCAAAGGGGAAGUGACAUUGGAAGAAGUCAGCCUUUUCAAAGCGACUACACCACUAAGGAGUUUUCGGGGUUUGGUCAGCAGUCGGACUAUUUUGAGCCUCCUAAAUCCUUCUCAUCCCUCUUCAACCCUCCAACACCGCACCAAAGCACAGACACAAGGCUGAGAGAAACUAGGCCUGCACCAUCCAGCCUACACCAGCACCACCACAGCCAGCCAAGCCAGUACCAAAGUCAAACUAAGCUUCCAGCCAAGGCAAGCAUCAACUCUCACCACCAGGGGAUAUCCGAGCUCAUGUCUCACUCUGUUGCUGAAUAUGUUCAUCCUGUCUUGUCAUCCCAGCAGAGGCCUACAGGCAGAGACUUUACUGAUUUUGGACAGGGUGUUGGUAUGAGUCUACAAGAAAGGAUGAAUCAGACAGGCUUAGGUUUGGGUCUGGAAAGCUUGAGGAACAUGGCAGGCAGUGAAGAUGGAGGAAAUUUCAGAGUGCAGCCAGGCAGCAACAGUCGGCUGCAAGCAUCUCCUGCCACAGGUUUUACAUCUGAUGGGCACAAAUCUCAGCCAUUUGGAAUGAAAUCCAAACCCCUAGCCAACUUUCCAAGGGAAGCAGUCAAAAAACAAGGACUCCUGCAAAACCCGCAUCAGAUUCUAGGCGCUAUAUAUGCUGGCCAGGCCAGACACAAUGGACCGGGCCCCAGCCAAGCCAAGUCUGUGCCACCCCAGAUGUUCCCUUAUACGUUUAAGAUGGGGGACCCCCGACAGAAUCCAUGUCAUUUGUUCAUUUCCCACCCUCUGCUGCCCUUUGGCAGUUCUGUGCCCUUGAUGGAAAUGAAGGAUUUUCUGCCAGAAAUUCCAAUCUUAAACCCCUUCCUGCAGGAGUUGAUAGGGCCAAACACAGCUGGUGCAGAUUUUCCUGGGUUCUUGUCUACCAUGAGGCCAACCAAAUUCAGCAAGGAACCAAAGAGUCAAGGAACCAUCUUGAGCCAACUGCACCAGUAUCUGGAGGAGUGUUAUGAGCAAUGGAAGAUGCUGGAAAAAGAAAGAAAAAAGGCAGAGUCUGUUCUGGUGAAAAGCUACCCAGGGAAACGAGUGUUUGUGGUGAACAAUAACCCUCUGCCCAAGAUGCCAUCCAACCCCUCCCGAGUGGACAGGCUCAUAGUGGACCAGCUUCGAGAGCAAGGAAAGGUAGUGAGUUUGUUGGGGAGGAUGGAAUGCUUGCGGAGUUUCCCUCUCCACGCUAAUAUCUGUUCAGCACUGGAUAGGCACCUGGAGGCUAUCCACAUAACUCAGGCCCGCCGCAAGGAUGAGUUUCUCAACAGCAGCAGCAGACAGAGACAGGGCUCAGCUUACCUCAGGGAGGACAGAGAAACUAUUCUUUUGGCGUCUGCACUGAAAGACCUGAGCAGCAGCACCCGGAAGUCUCGCUCUGCUCUUUGGUGUGCGCUGCAGAUGACCCUGCCAAAAAACGGGGCAAGCCCCCUGGACGGGGGAGCGGGGGACACCUGUUCAAGUUUGGGUCAAAACAGUCCAGAGAGAGCUGUACACACCCUGUGAUCUCCACCAGGCUGAUGUGCAUGUGUAUGUAUGCACUACUUUACUCGCACACACUACCAAGCUGCGCCGAAGGGAACAGCAGCCUCCGAGAUGAAAUUGAGCGUGUUCAGUAGAGUGAGUGAAUGUUGUUACUUAAGUUAUUACACUACAGUGAUACAGUAGGCUCUGUUCUGAGCAGUAGGUACAAUCUUCAGUUCAGUACCAUUAUCAGUCUUAUUUAAGAAUCCCAAUCAACAUUUGAGCAACUUCUCCAAAGGAUAGUGUGUGGAAAUUAUGGCAAUAAGAUCACCGAGCCAUUUUUCCAAGGAUUUCAAGAGGCCCUCCACAUUCUAUAGUGUGUGUGUGAGAGAGAGAGAAGGUGGCAGAAGACCUGGAGUGAGAAGAAGAAAUAUUUUUGUGAAAGAAGGACUGAAGGAGAUGAGAUCCAGAAAGAUAGAGACAAUAACAGAUUAGAAGAGGGACCUUUUAAUGGCUGAUCACUGAUCAUUGGAGAAGAAUAUAAGUAAAAAUAAUGAGAAUGUCAUCCUCUUGAUUGUAGUACACACAGUAAAACAAUAGUUAUAUUGUUAACUAUUAUAUAUUAAAUAAAUUCAGUGUUAUGCUCUGGAACUAAUUUAUAUUGGAAUUAUUUAACUUUGGUGUAAUUGGUGUCUGCUCUUAAGCAACAAAUCUUGUAAGUUAAGGCACUAAUUAUAACUUUGAUGUCAGUAAGUUGCCCAAAUUUUAUGGUUCAUUUAUUUAUUGCAAUGCUUUUGUUUCGUGGAACAUUUGAUUUAAAUAAUAAUAAUCAUAAUAAUAUUUGUAAAGUACUUUCCACAUUAAUUUAAUAAUAAUUCUGCCAACUGAUCUUAUUCAUUUCCAAUAAACAUUUUUUUUAAUUCAGCAGUACAUGCAGAAAGUGGCUCACAUGUGUAUUAAGAAUUUCUAAAGAAUACUAAUCUCAGAUCAUACCUAAUAACUUUGUUUAGUGCCAUUCAGUGCUGUGUCAAAGGAAUGAACUAACAAUACAUCCUUUUGUACUUUUGAGAAAAUAAAAUAAUUAACUACGAGAAUUUUAGUCAAACAUCUACAGUGUAUCUCAAGGUAAAAUACCAUGCAAGAUUUAAAUAGUUAGCAAAUUGGAAAAUCUUUCUUCUGUGAAUUUGAUGUAAAAGUCAAUAAAGAAAAUACACCUUUAAUGACCUGGGAAAAAUACUGACUGAAAGUUUAAGGACUGAUAUAAAUUAAGUGACCAGCAUAAAACCUGCUGACAUCAGGGACAGUCAUUUGUUCGGAUGGCGGAUUUUAGUGUUUAUGUUUAAUUAAUGUGGAAUUGCUCUUAUUUUGUUUUUGCAGUUUCUACUUCAAAUAAAUUUUAAAAAUAAAGCACAAAACUCAAACUGAUGCGUAAUUGCCAUUUUUUAUAGUUUUUUGAAAAGGUAUUAAAAUGCACCCAAUGUAAUCCACUGCACACAUUUCAGGGAAAAGCAAUGAAAAAAAAGAUAUCUGUUAAAAAAAAGGAAAAAGAAACAAAUCUAAAAUUCAGGAUCUUGCACUACAAAAUGUGUCAGAACAACAAAAUUG